AGUUUUAGUGUGACUACAAAACUCUGAGUUUAGUUAUUCCAUGAAUUUAGUAGCCAUGAUAUUUACAUGGGAAUUGCAUGUUAAAGUUUAAUAUGUUAUGACAUGAGAAAUAAUUGAUCAGAAUCAAAUUUAAACCAGUUAAUCAGAAAUUGGGUUAAACUUUAAAUCCAAUUUUUGAACAAAAAUCAGCAAAUAAACAAAAACUCACUCACCAAGGAGUAAAAAAAAAAGAUCUGAACAAAAGUAAUUCAAACCUUAAUCAAUGUUUUCCCAUUUCAAUUAGUUUCACCAAUUAAUCAACAAUCAGACAAACAAAAAUACAACCUUAAAUUACCAUAGAGUGAUUAAAAAUAUACUAACUACAAAGAUCAACUGUAAAAAUCAUAACCAUUAACGAGUAACAUUAUACAUAUACAUAAAUUGUUCAAUUCCAAUGACAAACUAUCAUUAAAACAAAAUUCUAAAUCAACAACAAAACCUUUAAUCAUGUGCUCAACAAUUAAAGAUCAACAAUUGUAAAAUUUAAAUUGUGUCAUAAACAAGAGCAAAGAAUUAAAUUUCAGAUAAUAAUCAAAAUUUUAAUUCACUUUGUAAAGUCUUUAAUCAACCAAACGGAAUGAAUUUAUCAUCAAUGUUAAUCCAUGAAUCUUUAUCAAUCGUUACUAAUGAUUCAUCAAUGAUCAGUGAUUUAUUAUCAACCGUUAAUCUAAUUAAUAGCAAUAAGUAUAAUAAUAAUAAUAAUAAUAGUGUCAAUGUGUUUGGUGUAAAUAAUAAUGCUCAUGUUAAUCAUGUUCAAUUCAAUGAUUAUGAUAAUCUUUCAUUACUUGGUUACAAUUCAUCUGAAUUCAUUGAAUUUGACCUUUCAAAUUCAACCAACAAUCAAAGCCAUUUACUAAAUUCAUCCGAUAAUUCAGUUCUGGAAAGAAAUAAGUUUAUCCUUCCCUGGUGGCAACAAGUUAUCUGGACACUGGUCUUCGGUGGGAUGAUAUUAGUUGCCACCGGUGGUAAUACGAUAGUGAUAUGGCUCGUUUUGGCCCAUAAAAGGAUGAGGACGGUCACUAAUUAUUUCAUCGUUAAUCUAUCGGUAGCGGACAUCAUGGUGUCCACGUUAAAUGUUAUCUUUAACUUUACCUGUAUGCUCAACGGGGAUUGGCCUUUUGGUACACUUUAUUGUAAGAUAUCAAAUUUCAUUGCAAUUGUCUCAGUUUCUGCCUCCGUAUUGACCUUAAUGGCAAUUUCAAUUGAUCGUUAUGUAGCCAUUAUCUAUCCAUUAAAACCUCGAAUGUCCAAGAAAAACACCGUAUUCAUAACUCUAGCAAUUUGGAUAAUUGGAAGUAUAUUAGCCUUGCCUAAUAUGCUUUAUUCAAACACGAAGCGGGAAUUUUUCCUCAAUGGAGAUUAUCGUGAUAUUUGCUUCCUCGAAUGGCCUGAUGGACAAGCAAAUACAAGUAGAUUUGAUUAUAUUUACAAUGUGAUAAUUUUAUUGGUAACUUAUAUGGUCCCAAUAUGUUCAAUGUGCUUUACCUAUUCUCGAGUUGGUAUUGAACUUUGGGGUUCAAAGGGUAUUGGUGAAUACACAGAGAAACAAGUGGAAUCAAUGAAAUCAAAGAGAAAGAUUGUUAAGAUGAUGAUUGUAGUAUUUGUUAUAUUUGCUGUUUGCUGGUUACCAUAUCAUGUCUACUUCCUGCUUACCCAUCAUUUUCCGGAAAUGAUGGAAGCUGAUUAUGUUCAACACAUUUAUCUAAUCAUCUACUGGUUGGCAAUGUCAAAUUCAAUGUACAAUCCAAUCAUUUACUGUUGGAUGAAUUCAAGAUUUCGAGAAGGAUUCAAGAAAAUAUUUUGCUGCCUAUGUUAUGAUAAUUCUGAUUCUGAUAAUUAUUUAGAAUCAAAAUUAACUCGUCGAGGUAAAUCAAGCUUUUCUGAAGCUUGUAUUACAGAGACAAAGAUACGUUUAAAUGGCAAUGGUCAUGGAACUGCCCUGAUGAUGGAAGAUUUGACAAUUAAACAAUCUGAAUAUCGAUUGUAAAAAUGAACUGAUUUAUAAUGAUAUUGAGAUUAACAUCUUGAUACUUAUACAUGUAUAUGUAAUGAAACGUAAAUAGUUAAUAUCUAUUGAGUUUAAACCAUUAAUAAUAAGCACAAAGUCGUAAAUGGUUAUCAACAAGUCGCUUGUGUUGUAAAUAUAAUAUAUAUUUAAUCAAAGUGAAAAUUGAAUCUUAAUAUUACAUCAAACAUUUGAUUAUCCUUGAUUAACUGUAAAAUUGUUUUAUAUUACCCAUGUAAAUAAUUAAUUUACUGUUAUUUAUUUAUGAAAAAAUAAAAAUUUCAU